CACAAGGACCUGUACAAGGAGGCCAUGAUGGAGGAGCACCAGCCUCUUAUAUCACAAGAGAAUCCCAGUGAGAAUUCAGAGGGAAACUUCAUGUUAUCACUAAAUUAUAAAGUAGAAGAUGAAGAAGAUAUCAUGCAGCGCUUUUCAGAAGAAAACCUCUUUACCCUUAAACUACAUCCAAGGCUUCACAGUACAGAUUUAUCCUAUACUCCUCCUAAUUAUGAGGAACCUUCUCCUGACCAAUCACAGAUUGUUACCUCUACUGGGCAGAUAUGGGCUAAAAGCUUCCAGUGUGGUAAAGAGUUCAUAAAAAGCGCAGGUCUUACUACACCCAUGGGGAUUCACACAGGAGAGGAGCUCUAUUCAUGUUCAAGUUGUGGGAAAUCUUUUACAGAUAAAUCACAUCUUGUUAAGCAUGAGAGAAGUCACACAGAAGAACAACCAAAUAUAUGUUCAGAACGUUUUAUAGAUAUACCACUUCUUGAUACACAUCAGAGGAAUCACAUAGUAGUGAAGCCAUAUUCAUGUUCAGAAUGUGGAAAGUGCUUUAUAAAUAAAUCAGAUCUCAUUAAACAUGAGAGAUAUCACACAGGUAAUAAGCUGUAUCCAUGUUCAGAAUGUAGGAAAUGUUUUACCACCAAAUCAAAUCUUGUUGCCCAUAAGAGACUUCACACAGGAGAGAAACCAUAUUCAUGUUCUGAAUGUGGAAAAUCUUUUUCCCUCAAAUCAAAUCUUGUUGCCCAUGAGAGAAUUCACACAGGAGAGAAACCAUAUUCAUGUCUAGAGUGCGGAAGGUGCUUUACAAAUAAAUCAGUUCUUGUUAGACAUGAGAGAACUCACACAGGAGAGAAGCUGCAUUCAUGUACAGAAUGUGGGAAAUGUUUUAACACAAAAUCGCAACUUGUUACACAUGAGCGAAGUCACACAGGUGAGAAGCCGUAUUUAUGUUCAGAAUGUGGGAAAUGUUUUACACAGAAACCACAACUUAUUUUCCAUGUAAGAAGUCACACAGGAGAGAAACCAUAUUCAUGUUCAGAAUGUGGGAAAGGUUUUACACGGAAAUCAUAUCUUGUUAGACAUGAGAAAUGUCACGCAGGGGAGAAGUUGUAUUCAUGUUCAGAAUGUGGGAAAUGUUUUACACAUAAAGAAUAUCUUAUUGCGCAUGAGAGAAGUCACACAGGAGAGAAGCCAUAUUCAUGUUCUGAAUGUGGAAAAUGUUUUACAUGGAAAUCACAUCUUGUUUCCCAUGAGAGAAUUCACACAGGAGAGAAGCCGUAUUCAUGUUUACAAUGUGAGAAAUGUUUUAGUGAUAAAUCACAUCUCAUUAUACAUGAGCGAAGUCACAAAGAAGAGAAGCCGUAUUUAUGUUCAGAAUGUGGGAAAUGUUUUAGACAGAAAUGUCAACUUGUUUCCCAUGUGAGACGUCACAUAGCAGAUAAGCCAUAUUCAUGUUCAGAAUGUGGGAAAUGUUUUAAAGAUAAAAUGUAUUUUGUUGCACAUCAGAGAAGUCACACCGGAGAGAAGCCUUUUUCAUGCUCAGAAUGUGGGAAAUGUUUUACUACUAAAGCCAUACUUAUCAACCAUAAGAAAAUUCACACAAGAGAGAAGCAAUUUUGAUGUUUUAUAUGUGGAAAAUGUUUUGUAAGGAAAUCAAAUACCAAAGCUCAUCAGUUCAAAAGGAACUGUAGAACAUAUUUUGAAUAUGGGAAAUGCUAUGACGGCAAAAAAAAAAAAAAGUUUAAAUCCAUGUUGUUCACAGACUGGGAAAUAAUCAGGGCAACAUGUCGGGUGACAGCAAGUCUCAGAAUGUUCACGGAGCUUGUCUGCGACUGGAUGUCUUAGAGCUGAGAUUUAGCUGUAAAAAAUCAUCCAAACUUCACUCAAGUUGUAGUAACGCAUGACUUGCAUCGUGUUCUGUGAUGGCAAAGUAACGUAUGACCUGCGACCAAAAAUCACAGCUUGUUACAUAGUUAAUACGGUUGAAAAAAGACAAACGUCCAUCAAGUUCAACCAAGGGAUAGGUUGGGACGCGAAUCCCAGACCUGUCAGAUUGUGAUCACACUGGCAAUAAUUAGAUGUAGUCUCACAAUCCGACUGUCACUGUUUAACUCCUGCCUUACAGCCAGUAACAUUUUUGGGUGGAAUUAUUCUGGAUCUGCUACAUGAUCAAAUUAUAUUUCUCUGAGGUCAACUGUGACCGGGAUCCAUGAAGGACAAGUAUUGUGGAUAUAAGUAAGAGAAGAAGAGCCUUGUUUACUUCCAGAGCAGUGAAGAUGAACUGUCCCCAUGAACCUUGCUUUUCAUCACUGUUUUCACACCUCCACCCACACUGCGGGAGAGUCCAGAGUGACAUGGGGAGAAGUAACGACGCUCCAUGUAAUAGUUUUAUAAUGUAUGUGGACAUAUUAAUAUUUCAUCUUCAUUCAAACAGUAUUUACAGAUAAAAUAAACUCUUCUAUUUGCUCC